UUUGCGCUGCUCUAUAUAUGUAACAUGGAUCACAAUCCUACCUAGAUGGGCCUGCCAGCACGUCUACUGUGGGAUCUUCGUUGAUGCCGCAGAGACUGUUUGCUUUUGCGGAUGUGAGUGGUUUUUUUCCUGUAAAAGCCCCCUAUCUAGUGGCACCGAUCCAGUUAUAAAAAGCCUUGGGCCUUUGCGAGGUACUCGUCCGUUUCAAAAUUCAGUUCAUCUGUGGUUCUUCCUUCUGGUGCCUGAGCGUGCUUUGUAGUCCAUCUCGGAUGCACCCUCACUGGCUUUGCUUCGUCGGCAACUCAUAUCUUCUGUCGCCUCGCCAUAUCCGAUUCGACAUUGCACCUACUAUCGACAAUGACAAAAGCCACUUUGUGGUUCUGGCUGGCCGUCGUCUUAACUGGCAUUCGAGCUGAAUGGAUCGACCUUACGUUCCCAAAGUUCAAAAAUGAAGCGACGCAAGAAAGGGCCGAAUAUUAUGAAGGAGACAUCUUGAUGGUGGCCUGGGUAAUCAGUCAGCAUGCUGUGAUUAGAGAGGUAGAUCUCUACUGUACAAGAAUCCCCGACGGAAUACGCUGGCCUAGAGAUAUGGAGUACGGCGAAAGCGAGAACGUCGGUGAUAGAGGUGUUAAUGGUUGGAAGACGGGACAGGCAUAUGAUACACUAGGCAAUGCCCACAACGUGAAAUUCCCCAUGAUUCCCAAUCACUGGAUUAUAAACGACACACAGGUUUACCCGCUCUCGUCCCUUCCUAUGUACGAUUAUGAAGAACAUAUUGAGUGUGCUUUUGCGGCAUAUGGGACGGAUGGCGCGGAAAGCAACCAAACCUUGAUUGGAUAUGGUUACCCAUUCAAGUAUUGUAACGCGCCGCGCCUAAAACCCAUCACUACACCUUUUGGGCUCGACGGUGGACCCAUUGACGCCGAUGAUAUUUCAAACGCAUCCUCUUCCACAAUCUCGACACAAGUGACUUCCGCGACAGGUAUAUCGACAACUGGCUUGCCGCAGAACAACCCUACAGCUACCCAGAGUGCCGAUGGUCCUGACCUGACCGCGACAUCCACCAGCUCGAGCACCGUCCUCCCUACUGGCCCAGCUACAGGGAUCGAAUCAGGAACAGCAGAGAGUUCAGGCGUGAAGAAGGACCGAGGGGGCCUAAGCACCGGUGCAAUAGCCGGUAUCGCCGCUGGUUCCGCCACUUUGGGCAUCGUCAUGGCCGCUCUGGCAUUCUGGGUAUUCUGGAGGCGAAGAAAGAGCCAACUGACGGCGGCGGCGGCGGCGGCGGCGACAGCUUCGGCUUCCACUGCUGACAACACUAGUCCAGGAGGAGGAGAAGGAGGAGGAGGAGGAGGAGAAGGAGAAACCCAGGAAAAGGGAGCAAUGACGACGUAUUUCAAAGCAGAGUUGGAAGACAGCCCGAGGCCGUGUAGGAACGAGCUCGAUGGUACCUGGAAGGGUGCGGAGGUAAAAGAGAAGGCGCGAAUGUCAGAGCUGGGGGCGGUGGAACAACAAAGGCACGAGAUAGAUGGAGGAGGGGAUUGGCACAAUAGGUUUGAACUUGCUUGACCGCUGGACAUGAAUCUUUCAACCCCUUUGGUAUGGAAACUAAAACAAAGGGCCCAAGAAAAAGGUUAUCCAGGAGAUUCGUUGGUUGCCCGUUUUCUUGCCCAUCUGUCAGUGGCACGGCCCGAACGGAAGCAGGGCGGAUGAGACAACAAACCCCGGCGCCACAUAAAUGCGGGCCGAUCGAUCGAUCGAUGGUCAUUCCUGUCAGGUCAAGAAAAGAGCAGCAGUUACCAUAACACCUCUUUUUAUAACAGAUGUGAAAAGCGUUGGACUACCCCUUGAUCCAGCUUUGUUUUUUCUUCUUUUGACUGAGGCACAAGAUAUUGUCCAGUAGCAUGAGCCGUGGAUAUCCGAUGUAUUCCCGCCAAGCCCGGCAUGGUCCGACGCAGGCCGACACCAAGGAAUCAACGACAAACCUCAACUUGGGGUUUGAAGCUUGUUGUUUGGGUUCAUCUGAGGAGUCGAGUUGUGUAUGUACUAUGUAGCUGCCGGAACCACCCACAGCCCUAACCCUGACCACCCGUCACGAAUUGGCUCGCCGGGCAAUAUUACCCCCGCCGUUGGAUUUGGAAUUGUAGAAAAGGGGGGGUCAGGUUUCAGAGUUGGGGAAACAGACAGGAAAUCUGAUUGGCGAGUCGAGUUACCGUUACCUACCUACCCAACGAGGGAGGGGGAGGCUCUCUCGCACUAUGUAACCAA